UUUUGUUACAAAAAUGAGAAAACCUCCAUUCGGAAUGACAAAGUCUUCCAUCAAGAGGCGUGCCUUAUUAAAAACACCAAAUCAAAGUUACGUAAAGUUUCAAAAUAGAGGAACACCUCUUGCAAGACAAAUUACUGAUGAAAAAUUUAAGCAGAAGUUUAAUAUUGGGCAAGACUUUGAGCAGAGUGCGGAAAAUUUCUUUACUGACAAAAAGCCCAAGCGGACUGGAGCACUCGAUACAGACUCUAUUUACAACAAAAAGACUUAUGCCUCGACUGAUAUGGACGUCACUGCUAAUGACUUUAUUGAGAGUAAGAGGACUAAGCCAAUUCCUACACAUCUAAACAUCGUAAUUGAAAAUCCUCUGUCUAAUAAUGUUUAUUUCCAAAUGGUGAUAUUUUAUAAUUUCUUUUACUCGUUCCUGCAUGCAUUUCUCCUCUUCAUAAUCUUGUUCUACAAGUUAUGGGUAUUUGAUGCCAACGAAUACCGUGAGUACAUCUCUACAGCACUAGCUAUACUCUACCUGCCACUGGAGCUAACCUCCUUGUACUUCGGGUAUAGAGGGAAUAUAAAUGAGACUUUUCCUGAGCUAAUCGCCUUCAUGGUCUUCACUAUUUUCUUCAGGUUCCCAAUGCAGCUAGGGAUCUUCUUCCUCAGAUGGAGAGGAGACCGGGUGCUUAACUCCUUAUUCCCAAUGGAGUAUAGUUUAUUCUACGUGAUCAUAGUUUUCUUGUUCCUCGAAUUUGUGUUUGGAAUUUGGACUAUAAAGAAAGUUAUUAGCUCAAGGACUGCUACUUUCUACCUCAGAAAUGCUAAAACUGUUGACUCCAGGUACUGCAAGAGCUUUAAGGCGAAAGAUAGGCAGAUUCGAAGCUCAAGAGAGAUCGCCAUUGGACUCAGCAAGCUCAAAGAUAAUACAGCUUUUGAAAAUCAGUGGUUGAAGGAGCCUGAGUGGUACAGGAAAACAGAGCAUAGCUUUGACCACACUGAUGUUAGUGAUUAAAAAGACUGAGCAGAGCAUUAUUGAGAUAGAUUCUUUGAGGCCUAAUCUAAAUUCAUCAAUUCA